AUGGAAUUCAACAAAGAUCUCGACAAGAGUCUCAAAUUUAAAACCACUAAAAGUGUCCCCGUGGUACCAACCUUCGAAGAGAUGGACCUCAAAGAGGACCUUCUUCGAGGAGUCUACGGCUAUGGAUUCGAGGCUCCUUCGGCCAUUCAAUCUCGUGGUAUCAUGCAAAUCAUUUCUGGUAAAGACACAAUAGCUCAGGCCCAAUCUGGUACAGGUAAAACGGCCACAUUUGCGAUUGGUAUGCUUCAGGUGAUAGAUAUUAAAAAGAAAGAUACUCAAGCACUAGUUCUUUCCCCCACUAGAGAAUUGGCUAUGCAGAUUCAAAACGUUGUGAAAUCGUUGGGUGACUAUAUGAAUGUUAAAUGUCAUGCUUGUACAGGAGGACGAGCAGUUGGAGAUGAUACGAAGCAACUAGCUAAAGGCCAGCAUAUUGUGAGUGGUACUCCAGGUAGAGUCCUCGAUAUGAUUAAUAGAAGAGUGCUUAAUACUAGACAUAUCAGAAUACUUGUUAUGGAUGAGGCAGACGAAUUGUUAGGAAAGGGAUUUCAGGAUCAGAUUUCCGAUAUAUAUAAAUUUUUACCCCCAGGAACUCAAGUGGUGGUGGUCAGUGCUACCCUUCCGAAAAGCGUGCUAGUAAUGACCAAAAAGUUCACCAACAAUCCAGUCAAGAUCUUAGUGAAGAGAGAUGACAUCACAUUGGAAGGUAUCAAGCAAUACUAUAUUCAGGUAGAGAAAGAGGAUUGGAAAUUCGACACUUUAUGCGAUCUCUACGAUUCUCUCACGAUUACCCAAGCCGUGAUAUUCUGUAAUACCAAGAAGAAAGUGGACUGGUUGGCAAACUCUUUGAGAAAGGCAAACUUCACAGUGGUUUCAAUGCAUGGAGACAUGAAACAGGAGGAAAGAGAUCGAAUUAUGAACGAAUUUCGAUUGGGAAACUCAAGAGUUCUUAUAUCCACGGAUGUGUGGGCCAGAGGUAUCGAUGUUCAGCAAGUUUCUCUCGUGAUAAAUUAUGAUCUUCCCUCGGAUAGAGAGAGCUACAUUCAUAGAAUAGGUCGAUCAGGCAGGUUUGGAAGACGUGGAAUUGCUGUGAGCUUCGUAACAAAGGAUGAUGUGCUGACUCUUCACGAUUUGGAGCGGUUCUAUACUACUGAGAUCGAGGAAAUGCCAGGUGAUUUGGGUAGUAUCAUGUAA